UUAUGAUAGAUAUUCGUUAAGUUGGGCCUUAGCUAAAAGUGAAAAAAAUAAUCAAAAAGAAUCUUGGAAACGAAUAACUAAACAAAUUAGAAGUUUAUUAGAAAAUAUAUUUCAUGCAGGAACAGUAGAUAAUAAUAACAAAAUAUUAGGUGAGAAAAUGUAUGAAAAAUUGUUAAAACAGGUUCAAUAUGGUGAAUUUGACCAAA